AUGCUGGGGAAUAAGUCUGGAUUUGCUGCUCUAGUGAAGGAGAGGGUACCAGAUAUCAUUACGAAGCACUGUGUACUCCAUCGCCAUGCUUUGGCGGUAAAGACAUUGCCAUCUCAUUUCAAAGAAGUUCUGUCCGUCUGUGUUAAAAUUGUCAAUUAUAUCCGGGGACGUGCUUUAAACCACAGAGUGUUCAAGUUAUUUUGUGAGGAGAUGGGAAGUGAACAUCAGGUGCUUCUCUUCCACACUGAAGUGCGAUGGCUCUCCCGUGGAAAAAUGCUGACACCUAUUGCAGAGCUCGCUGAUAAGAUUGCAGUAUUUCUCCGAGAGUAUCAGAGUGAUUUUGCUGAAAAUUUUGAGGACGAAAUUUUCAUUCUCUCCCUCUCCUACCUGGCAGACAUUUUCGGUCAUCUGAAUGAUCUAAACUUGUCCAUGCAAGGCAUGUUUGCUAAUAAUACUGAUUGUACAGAGAAGGUAGAAGCCUUCAAGAAGGAAAAUAUCACUGUGGAAGCGUCGAAUCCAGGGAGGAAAUGUGGGAAGCUUUCCUAUCCUAGAUGA